AUGACCUCAAAUUACUACGUUACCAGCCCCCGAGGCUUCUGCUCCUCCAACACAUUUGCCACGCGCCGCCCAUGGCGGGAGCUAGUCCAACCCAUUUCCGCCUUUACCCGACCUCAAACCUUCGGAGAAGCCACAACCCGAAUCAACCGCAACCUCAACUACUUCCGCGUCAAUUACGCCAUGGUUGUACUGGUAAUCCUCUUCCUCAGUCUCCUCUGGCACCCGCUUUCCCUCAUCGUUUUUUUGCUCGUUUUCGUCGCUUGGUUCGCCCUCUACUUCUUCCGAGAUACCCCAAUUGUCGUUUUUAACUACACAAUCGAUGACCGCAUCUUUUUGCUCCUUCUCGGCGUUGUGACAAUAGUGGCCCUGGUCUUCACCGGUGUGUGGCUCAAUGUGCUGAUCUCGGUCUUGAUUGGUGCCGCGCUCGUUGGAUUACAUUCCGUCAUCAGAGGCAUAGAGUAUUUGUAUUCAGAGGAGCAAGAAGCUGCCGAGGGUGGGUUGCUUUCGGUCGUCGGGAGUCCCCCGCGUACACGGGUUUAGUCGUCGUUUUCUACCCCCAAUUCCUGGUGUUGCAACACUUUUAAAGAAUUUUUGAGUAAUUAGGGUUCUGGUGAUAGUUCAAUUUUAGGUUUCAGAAAAAAUCUUGAAAGGAAGAAACUUGAGAAUUGUUUUGCUUGUUUUCUUUCCCCUAAUAUCUCUGUGUACAUGUACUACUAGUGGGAAAUGACAAUUUUUAUUUGAUUUCUUA